UGAAAUCUAAGUUUUGCCGCAGCCUCGCAGGUUAGGGACGAUGACAUUUAAAUUUUGCAACAAUGUCGAUGCCGAAUAAAGCUGAUUGUUUUAGUUCAUUGCCUUUUUGGCAAAACGGCCCAGCUCCUGGUGCAUUUUACAAUUUUCCAGGAACAGCAGCGUCGAGCUCCAAUUACAAUGAUUGCGGCAUUCAAAGGACUCAAACUCCGAUGGUUACUGGAAGUUCCGUAAUAGGAAUUCAAUAUAAAGAUGGAAUCAUAAUUGCUGCUGAUGUAUUGGCAUCAUAUGGAUCCCUUGCAAGAUUUAGGAAUUGUGAACGUGUUAUGAAAGUUAAUGAUAACAUUAUUCUUGGUGCUGGUGGCGAUUAUGCUGAUUACCAAUAUCUUAGAAGCCUCAUUGAACAAAAAAUCAUUGAUGAAAAAUGUCUGGAUGAUGGAUUUACAUUGAAACCUAAAUCUCUGCAUUGUUGGUUAACCAGAGUUAUGUACAACAAAAGGUCCAAUUUUAAUCCUCUGUGGAAUAACUUUAUCAUUGGUGGCAUUGAGGAUGGAAAACCAUUUUUAGGUACUGUAGACAAAUUAGGAACUGCAUUUUCUGAUCCUGUGAUUGCUACUGGAUAUGGUGCAUACUUAGCUACUCCUAUUUUAACAAAAGCUUAUGAUGCUAAUAGUCAAAUGACAGAAGAAGAAGCUACAAAUCUAAUCUAUAAAGUAAUGCAAGUUCUGUUCUACAGAGAUGCUAGAUCUUUCCCCAAGUAUCAUCUUGGAGUUAUUUCAAAAGAAAAAGGAGUUGAAAUCAGAGGUCCAAUUGAAAUUGAACACAAUUGGGAAGUAUCCACAAUGGGACGUAAUCAACUCAGAUAAAUAGUGAAUUACUUAUAAGUUGGUUGUGAACCAUUAUAUUAUAUUAUUCAAAAAUUUUUCUACAUCAUCAAUUUCCAAAAGUUUGUCUAAUUAACAAAACUGUUAAGAAUUAUAAUUUUUAAAUAAAGUGUCUCCUUUAAAAA